AUGGAUUACAAUGUCCGUCACACUCCCCAAGACCACCCCACAGAUCCUGCCCCGUCUACUAGGACAGCAAAGAAGCCACAAAGACGCAGAGUACGAUUCACUUCCGGACCUCAGGCCGGAAUUACCACCCAACGCAAUGGGCAAACCCAAUCGCCCGUGCGCGUGGAACCGGAAGUGUCUCAUGUACAGCCUUUACAGCCACCAAACACACACACUGCGGACUUCUCGGCCCAGCCUUCAGAAGCCUUGAAUGUCUUUACACAAAAUAUGUCACCAUGCCAGGCUGAAAACUGCUGUAUCCACUGUGCUCCUGAGGCGGUUGUUGUGUCGCCUAGAAACCCUGGCAACGCUCGAAGGCUGUAUACCAUUGUGCGCAACCAUGCUGAUCACACACAGCAGCCAUAUAGCAGUCCAUUCGGAUGUACCGCCCAGCCACAACAGCCAUAUAUAACAGCAGCCGUGCAUGCGAUUCAUGCAUCGGUUCCCUUGGGUUUCGAACCUCCUGGUCAGACGCAACAAGCCGAUUCUGGGGCACAUGGGUAUGCUGCUCGGAGCAGCGUGUCGUCCGCGAUGAUACCACAACACACCCCUUGGGCUCAGCAGCCAUGUGGCAUGUCACCUGAAUACGCAGUCCAGGCUCUGCAGGGUCAGUCACAAACAAUGACACCCAGGUACACUGACCAAUAUCAGCACUUGUACACUUCACCACCCGGACCGCCAAAUAGCAAUCAUGUACAGCAGCCACAUGUCGUGCCACAGGGCAAUCUCGAUCAUUCUCAGCAGUCGUAUGAUAUGUCCACAGAAACCCGCGGUCGGCCGCAAUAUCACACCAGCGCUCAAGGAAGGUUCGUGGAAACCCGGCAGGCCGUCCCAUCGACACCUACUCUCGGCACGCAAUGGACCACCGUGCCAAUUAGCCAGCCUCAACAGACUUUUACGUCGGUGUCAGGCGUCUCGGGGAGCCACGGGGUAUCUCUGCCAAACGACCAGGUCCAAUCUCCUGAAAGUCAAAGACCUCCAGACCUUCGGACUUGGCAAAGGAAACGCCCUGCCGAGGACCCCAUCACCGCAGGAAGCGGAGGACCCCCUGCUGCAAAGAGGCAGCAGCAAGGGUACAUACCGCCGGAAGGAUCCCAGCAGGCUCCUCGCACUGAUCAGCGUCUGGCGAUGUCAUGCAUGCGGGCCUUUCGGUCCCUGGACACAAAAUUCCAAGACUUGCACCAAGCCUACUGCGACAAACGAGAUCGAGACAAAUGGGAACUAUCCAAACGUGAACAAGAAUUCAAAAGACGUCAGCCAUCUAUGAGAGGCGAGUAUCAGCAUGCCUUAGAGUCUGUCAGACAAGAUCACGAAAAACAACGCAGGUAUUGGAAGGGUGAGUUGCGCACAAAUGAACAACGAUGGAAAGGAAUAGUCCAACAGGAGGACAAGAUAUGGAGAUCCUCCUACGCGGAGCUGGACAAGAUCUGGGAUACCUGGGUGCAAGGCGAUUUUCAAGACCUCGUCCGUCCUCAAUUUGUGCAGUAUAUCCGUCAUCUAGAAUCCGCAGUCUCCCGCUUGGGCUCAAAACCUUCAGGUCACGUGCCAUUACAGCGAGAGGCGCCCAGCGAACGACAACCCGCAGCUAGAACAACCACGACAGCAUCACGGUCGCCACGGCCCCCUGAUGCGGCACCGGUAAUGCCCCUGCCAACGCGUUCCCCCAGCGCAGAAUUUACAGUACCGCCCCCCGCACAACCCUCUAGUGCAGAGAUGGCCAUGCCGUCACCAUCUAGCCCCUCCAGUAUAGCAUCGACAGUAUCAUCAUCACCAACGUACUCUUCUACCCCGGCAUCGACACCGCCUUCAUCGCAUAUCCCUAGCAUAGGACCGAUAGGGCCGUCACCAGUAUACGUUUCGAACAACGUAGCACGGGCAAUGCUUCCACCACCCCACCGCGAUGUUGCAUCCACAAGACCUGCAUCAAUGUAUUCACCUGAGACAGCAAUAGCAAUGCCGCCACGAUUAUAUCCUCCUAACACAACGUCUUCUGUACCACCUCUGGCACAUCCUCCUAUUUCUGCAGCAGCCAUGCCACCACCAGCACCAUACCCUGCUACGCAAUCGACAAUACCGCCCCUACCAUAUCAUCCAAGCCCAGCAAUGUCUCCUCCAAUGCGACCUUCUGCCACAACAACCACGAUGCCACCGCCGCCGCUCCCCACAAGACCAGCGAUAGUGUCACCGCCACCACUUCCUAACAUUGUAUUGCCGCCGACACCACCUCCCGACCCUACAACUACAUUGCUUGCCCCGCUGUGCCCAGACAUAGUCACGGCAAUGCCACCAUCUCCACCGCCCAACAGAACAGCCACGACACCGCCACCACUGCUCCCUGAUAUAGGACUUGCGAGGCCUUCAUUGCCACAUCCUAACAGAACAAGACCUCUGCCGUUACCACGCCAUCCCAGCAUUGUGACAGUAAAACCGCCUUCGCGAUUCCCUCACCGCCCCGCCACGAUCCCAUCAGGUGCAGAAUUUCGACAUGCAGAAGUCUGGGGCGCAAAGACGAUGCCAGCGCAGCCACAUCUCCACGAAGCAACUAUAAUCCCGCCAGGGCUAUAUUCUGACAGUGUACGAGCGUGUCAGGAGCCAGAUUAUUACAGACCAUUGACGAUCCCUCCACAGCAGCACCCAUACACGGCAAUGACGAUGUCAUUAAAACCACAGCCCCUACGUACAAUGGCGAUGCCGCUACAGACACAAUCUGGCCCUCCAAGUGUUAUUCCGCACAAGAGCCAAUUUCGCAGACUUCAGGAGUCGAAACCGCGUCCUCCAAGCGCCAUGGCGAUGCCACCGCAGACACAACCCCGUAUACUCACGGUAGUUCCGCCAAAAGGCCAACUCCGCGGACUCCGGGGAGUGUCAUCAGUCUCUCCGUCACCAUCACCAUCUCUCUCGCCGUCACUUUCUCCUCCGCCCAAACCACCACCACGACGCCUCACGCUUCCCGCUGAGAUGGAGAUGGACAUGGGCGCUGGCAAUGGACAAGUCGGAGGAAAGGGGAAGGGCAAAGCAAAAGAUAAGGGUAAAGGAAAAGAAAGGGCAAUGACACCGAGGGAGAAUCUGGCGAGGGGGCCGAGGCGGCAGCUACCAGGCAACAUGAAUCUUGAUGGUGAUGACGAUGACGACGACUCGUAUCUCACGAGGAUUACAUGUGCUGGGUAUUGA